GUUUUGAACACAUGGAGCAAGGGGCAUGAGAUUUCUCUGUGGCUAACUCACGCUGAACUGUAGUUCUAGCUUUCUCUGCAAAAGAGAAACAACAAUCAAUGAUCCCUUCCCCCAGUCCCCAGUAGGAUGUGGCGAGGCUGGUGGUGGGGUCAGUGGUGGAGGCGUGUUCCUCUGCCCGCAUGCCCCCCUGCCCCCGGAGUCUGCUACCAACGCCACCGUGCUCCCCAUCGACCAAUGAGCAGUGACGGAAGGCCACCCGUGCCUCUAGGGGGCAGAAUACUCACCGACCCUGACCGUGUCUUCCAGCACAACAUGUGGGACCAUGUCCAGUGGUCGGAGGAGGACACAGAGGAGGCCAGAAGGAAAGCUGAAGAGAACUCCUCAGAGAGGAUACCCACAGAGGAGCAAGUGAAGUACGAGCGGGACGCCAGUGUCUUCUGGGACGGCUUCUACCACAUGCACCAGGCCAAGUUCUUCAAAGACCGCCGCUGGCUCUUCCAAGAGUUCCCCGAGCUGCUGCCCCCCACACAGAGCCAUGAUGAUCACCCGGGGGACCCAUGCAGACAUGAUGAGGGGGGCCUCUGCUGCCCAGGAGAUGAGCCUCAUCAUGGGCCAGGGCCUGUCAGAUCAGCCCGAGACGCAGAGGAGGAGACGGAGAUGGAGAUGGAGGAGGCAGCGGAGGCCAGCAGGCAGGAGGAGGCCAGUGCAGGAGGAGGAGCAGGAGCAGGAGCAGAGAGCGGCGGCUUCCCUGGAGACCAGGCCUCUUUCAGGAUAUUAGAGGUGGGGUGUGGGGCCGGCAAUAGUGUGGUUCCCAUCAUCACUGCCAUCAGGGAGCGAGGGGGGUUCCUUUACUGCUGUGACUUCUCCUCCAAGGCCGUCCAACUGGUGAAAGAGCACCCUGCGUGUGAUGGUGGUGUGUGUCAUGUGUUUGAGCAUGAUGUGUGUGAUGAGGGGGCCCCCCUCCCCUUCCCCCCCGCCAGCCUCCACAUCAUCCUGCUGGUCUUCGUGCUCAGUGCCAUACCCCCACACAGGCUGCAGGGAGUGGUGAGCAGGCUGUGUACCUACCUGAGGCCGGGGGGCGUGGUCUUGUUCCGGGACUACGGACGAUACGACCUAUCACAGCUACGCUUCAAAAAAGAUCAGUGUUUGUCUGAAAACUUCUACGUACGACGAGAUGGAACAAGUGUGUACUUUUUCACCAAAGAGGAAGUCCAUGACCUGUUCGUUGGUGCGGGUCUGGAAGAACUCCAGAACCUGGAGGACCGGCGUCUGCAGGUCAACCGGGCCAAGAAGGUUCUGAUGCGCCGCGUCUGGAUGCAGGGGAAGUUCCAGAAGCCUCUACAUCCCCCAACUCCAGAGGCUGGAGGCUAAACUGACUGAACGACUGAGUGGGAGAGUGAAUGAAUGAAUGAAUGAAUGAAUGAAUGAAUGAAUGAAUGAAUGAAAGGGGGAAAAGUCUGCGUUGAUCAGGCAUCACUGAGGCUAGAAGCUGGAGGCUGACUGUGUGAGUGAGUGAAUGAAUGAAUGAAUGAAUGGGGAAAGUCUGCAUCAAUCUGCUUUAUGGCUGUCUCUUUUCCUUUUUUUUCGGUCUCAAAUGGUACAGAUACAGCUCUUAUGAGGAGCUGCAUGCAUGCUGCUGGUGUGUGAGGGCUUUUAUCAUUGAUUACAUCAAUAAGUUAAAAAUGUAUUGCUCUACGAAUAGCAAAUAUGUCACCAUCUCUCAUUGAACUCCAUUGAUUUUCAUUGUGUUGCUUUCCAUGAUUACAAUGACCCUAAACAUACACCUAAGGCCAAAGUUGAUUUUCUGGAGAGGUGUGAGUGAAUCAGUGAUUAAGUAUGACACCCGAUCUGCGUAUUUGAAGUGUUUUGAAGUGACUUAUCUGCUCAUUUUCACAUUAUGUUCGAUAGGCGACAACAUUUUUGUCUUGUCAAAAUCUGCCCUGUCUGUGUUCAUUAAAGGAUCAAUCUUUC